CACCGAUUGAGAUCUCCACUGAUUCGCAUCCACCACCCAGCUGGUGAGCAGCAAGUAUGUUUUUCUUUUUGCUCUUCGGCGUACAAGUGGUCCAAGCUUUGGAGGGACGAGCCUGGGGAGGGACUUACCCUUGGAUUAAGAUAUGCGCCCUGACAGGAGCAAAGGCCAACCUUCGCUGCUUCUUCACAUAUCCAGAAAAAAUAGACGGCCAGGAAACCGUUGUCCAGAGGACGCAGUGGUUCACCAAAGAACACGACAACGAGCCUGAAGAUCUGAACCUGGACCCCGACUACGCCAGCCGUCUGCACUAUGACUGUCACCGCGACCGGUGCGGUUUGACAAUCACGGAGCUGAGAGAAAGCGACUCGGGCACGUACAAGUUCAGAUUCAUCACUAAGCAAUGGGAUGGAGGAAGAUACACCGUCAUGCCCGGAGUCAAGCUCACCGUCACCGAUCUCAGUGUGCAGUGGUACGGAACUCGUGUCAAGUCUCUGAGCUGCGUCAGCAAGUGCAGUCUGGGGCCGUCCACUUCGUACGUCUGGUUUGAGAACGGAGAGGAAAUCCCAGAAGAAAACUCCCAAGUGUACACACCGACGCCUGACUCGAAAAACAGCUUCUCGUGUGCCGUAGAAGGACACCGGCAACUUGUGUCUCCUCCAGUGUGCGUGUCCCGCUCCUGUAACAAGGUGCAUUACGACACCGGAAGCAUCUGCGCCCUCAAAGGCGCCUCGGUGGACAUUAAUUGCACCUACAGCAGCUACGACCAGGUCAAGUCCAAGUUCUGGUUCAGUCCGGAUCGCAAACACUUGUGGACGAACGCCUCUGUGCCUCAGGACCUCCAGUUGGAAGAGCAGUAUCACGCUCGUUUCGAGUUUCUUCACCAUGCUGACGGACAUUCCACUCUGAGGAUCAAAAACGUGAUGGAGAGUGACGCCGCCGAGUAUCGUUUCAAAUUCACCACGCGAGAUUUUGAAUGGAUGAAUAGCUUACCGGGAAUCAAUUUGAACGUCGCAGCUGUGCAGGUGCGCGUGAACGGCGGCGGCGUCCGAGUGGAAAACUCCAGCACGGUGGCGUUGUUGUCGUGUCACAGCAGCUGCAGACCGUCAGCCAGUUUGUCCUUCUGCUUGGCGCAGAACGGCCAUCAAGUGGCUCGCUGCUUUCCUGACCACACCACCAAACAUCUGCAAAUGGUCUUGAUUCCUGGAGACUACGUCACCUGCCACGUAGAAGGACAUCCACUCAGCAUCUCACCUCGCCUGUAUGCUCUGAGCCCCCCCAUGGUGUCGCUGAGUCAUUCCGGUAACAUUCUAGAAGGUGGUCGGCUAAUUCUAAACUGCACCAGCGUCAGCGCUUUGGCCGAACACCGCUGGCACAAAAAGAUGGGACCCGCAAACCACCAAAUGGUCGGAAAGGGACCGCAGCUGCUCUUCAGCUCCAUCAAGUCUUCAGACUCAGGCCAAUAUUUCUGCACUGCGGAGAACGAGCUGGGGAAGGCGACGUCGCAAAGUGCGGAGAUUGACGUCAGACCAUCAGCGAGAGUGCUAAACAUCAUCAGGUUGAGUGUGAUGUUUGUGCUCCUGCUCCUGCUGCUCCUACUGGCUCUCUGCAUGAGGAAAAAGACGUCGUCCUCCUCCAGACUGCGACCAAACGAGGUCCGACAGUCCAAAGAGGUGAUAGAUCAAAUGGAAGUCCUGCAGACUGAUCCUGAUCUUUUCAACCAUGUCUCCUCAGAAGCGCCACCAUGUGGACUAUGAGAAUAUCUACGCUUCAGCGAAGACACGCAAACGUUAAAAAGAGGACACGCUGUGAAGGACGUCUCGACUUUGCCAAAUAAAACUUCCCGCCAGUCAGUGUACUCGUUUCAGCGUCUUUAUACACAAAUACGUUUCUUUGACAUGGCGACAAUCUGAGUGGAC